AAAAUUAUCUAUGGAACUUGGAUCUACUCCCGUACUUAUUUCAUUUAGACCUGUGGCUGCUCCAACUAGAUAUCUAGCAGCCUGUACCAAUAAGUCCAGGGCUUUGAAGGACGAUUUUGAUGUUAGAUGUGUCUAAGAAAAAUCAAAUGAUACUUAUUUUAUAAUUCAACAAGUCAAAGAAAAAGUUUAUGUUAUCAAAUCUGCAGCCAAACCUAAUCAUUAUUUAUUUUGCUCCAAUGAUGAGACUAGGAAACACGAAGAAGAUUUUGAUGUUAGAACUCACUAAUUUGAAGAAGCAAGAAAUAAUUGGAUUAUUGAAAGUCUUGGAUGGAGUGUCUUCACUAUUAGAUCUGAAACAAACCCAAAUCAUUUUCUAUUUGUUGCCACUGACAAAUCUAAUAACCUAGAUAAGGAUUUUGAUGUACGCACUUAAAAUAAAGAAAAUUAAAAUAAUCAUUGGUACAUUGUCUCCAAUCCAACUUAUACAACUCCCUAUCCCUUAAAACAUGAAACACUAAUUGUGACAUUCAAUCCUGCUCAUCUACCCCAACACUCCUUAACUAUUGGAGAUACUCAUCAAUCAUUUACAGAUGACUUUAGUGUCAAUGUUUAAUAAAAUAAUAAUUAACAUUCUAAAUUCAUACUUGAUAGAGUGACAGGAGAUGCCUUUGCAAUUAGAUCCUUCCAAUACCCUUCAUUCUAUCUAUACGUCGAUAAUAAAAAAGAACUUAAUAAAUUCCAUGAUUACGAUGUCAGAUUUCACCCUGUCAAAGAUCUCAGAAACAUAUGGUUAAUUGAAUAAACAGAAUCUAAUCAUUGGACAAUACGAUCAUUAACCAAUCCAAAUCAAUACUUGUUUGCAGUCUAAGACGAACCAAAAAAUAAUUCAAGCUUUCCAAUUAGAGCUCAUCCAUUCCAAGAAGAUAGAAAUUAAUGGAUCAUUGAUGGAUUAUUAUAAUAUUGA